AGCAGAGUUCAGUUUCACUUUGGAGGCAGUGAAAAUCAGCAAGUUAUUCUCACUGCGAGGAGAAAUGGCACACACAGGAGUUCAGUUGUAUCGGGAAAAGUUCUCCUGUUCCAUCUGUUUGGAUCUACUGAAGGAUCCGGUGACUACAUCCUGUGGACACAGCUACUGCAUGAGCUGUAUUAAAGACCACUGGGAUGUAGAGGACCAGAAGGGAAUCCACAGCUGUCCUCAGUGCAGGAAGACUUUCAAUCGCAGACCUGACCUCCAGAAAAACACCCUGUUAGCAGAGUUAGUGGAGGACCUGAAGAAGACUGGACUCCGACAUGCUCCGGCCGACCACUGUUAUGCUGGACCUGGAGAUGUGGCCUGCGAUGUCUGCACUGGGAGGAAGAUGAAAGCUGUCAAGUCCUGUUUAUCCUGUUUGGCCUCCUACUGCCUGAGAGACCUCCAACCUCACUAUGAAUCUCAUGCUUUUAAAAAACAUAAACUUGUUAAAGCUUCUGUUGAACUUCAGCCGAACCUCUGCAGUCGUCAUGACGAGGUGAUGAAGAUCUUCUGUCGUACUGAUCAGCAGUCCAUCUGUUACCUCUGCACUAUGGAUGAACAUAAAGGCCAUGAAACAGUGCCAGCUGCAGUAGAAAGGACUGGAAAGCAGAAGAAGCUCCAGGUGAGGCGACAACAAAUCCAGCAGAGAAUCCAGAACAGUGAGGAAGACAUGAAGCUGCUUCAACAGGAAGUGGAAGUCAUCAAUGUCUCUGCUGAUAAAACAGUGGAGGACAGUGAGAAGAUCUUCACUGAGCUGAUCCGUCUCCUCCAGAAAAGAAGCUCUGAGGUGAAGCAGCGGAUCAGAUCCCAGCAGGAAACUGAAGUGAAUGGAGUCAAAGAUGUUCAGGAGAAGCUGGAGCAGGAGAUCACUGAGCUGAAGAGGAAAGACGCUGAGCUGGAGCAGCUCUCACACACACAGGAUCACAACCAGUUUCUCCUCAACUACCCCUCACUGCCAGAACUCAGCGAUUCUACACACUCAUCCAGCAUCGACAUCCGUCCUCUGAGACACUUUGAGGACGUGACAGCAGCUGUGUCAGAGCUCAGAGAGAAGCUACAGGACAACCUGAGGGACAUGUGGACGAAUGUCCCACUGACAGUCCCCCUGCUGGAUGUUCUCCUGUCAGAACCAGAACCUAAGACCAGGAAUGACUUCUUGAAAUAUUCAAAAAGAAUCACUCUGGACCCAAACACAGCAAACACACAUAUAUUAUUAUCUGAGGGAAACAAGAAAGGAACUUUGACGAAGGAAAUGCAGUUUCAUUUUGAUCAUCCAGACAGAUUCACUUAUUGUCAGGUCCUGAGCAGAGAGAGUCUGACUGGGCGCUGUUACUGGGAGGUGGAGUGGAGCGGGAGAAGAGUUGAUGUAGCAGUUUCAUACAAGAGCAUCAGCAGGUCAGGACAAGAAUGUGAGUUUCGAAGCAAUGACAAAUGUUGGUCAUUAUACUGUUGCACAGACUGGUACAUAUGUUGGCACAACAGAGUUGGAAAUCUAAUAUCAGUUCCGGUUUCGUCCAGAGUAGGAGUGUACGUGGAUCACAGAGCCGGUGUUCUGUCUUUCUACCGCGUCUCUGGAACCAUGACUCUCCUCCACAGAGUCCAGACCUGCUUCACUGAGCCGCUGCAUGCUGGAGUUGGGUUUUACGAUACUGGAGACUCUGCUAAGUUUAUUGGACUGUAACAAUAAACAGUU